AUGUCCACUCUACAAGAUGUCAGAACCUUGAUUAGCGCUGAAAAGAGCUAUGAAACUGAUAUAUUGUCGAAUCAAGGUGCAACUACGAAGCCCUGCAUCGUAGCUGAUUCUAAAGGGAAGUCGAUCAAAUUAGCCCACGAGAGCAUAUACGAGGCCUUGCGCACUCGUGUGGAGGGCAUUAACCAGGAGGUUUGUGAGGCGGGAGACGAGAACUCGUUCUUCGUCUGCGACUUGGGAGAAGUCAAACGGUUGUACGAGCAUUGGCACGCGAUGCUGCCCCGGGUGCAUCCAUUCUACGCUGUGAAAUCCAACCCAGACAGACAAGUUUUGGAAACGCUUGUUAAGCUAGGUGCCAACUUUGACUGCGCCUCAAAGUCUGAGAUUGAAAUGGUUUUGAACCUUGGCGUCGAGCCCUCCAGAAUUAUCUAUGCCAACCCAUGCAAGGCUUCAUCCUUCAUCAGAUACGCCAAAAACAGCGAUGUGCGCAAAUCAACCUUCGACAACGUGGAAGAGCUUGCCAAAAUUAAAAAGUAUCAUCCAGAGUCUGAGCUUCUGCUCAGAAUUGCUACUGACGACUCUACGGCUCAGUGCAGACUUUCCACGAAGUAUGGCUGCGAAAUGGAGGGCGUAGGCUCACUGCUAGCCAAGGUUAAGGAACUCGGCCUCAACCUUGUUGGUGUUUCUUUCCACAUCGGCUCGGGCGCGUCAGACUUUGGGUCAUUCUACAAAGCGGUCCGCGACGCGCGCCAAGUUUUCGAUCUUGCUCGUGAGCGUUACGGCCUGCAAAACGUUCACAUCUUGGAUAUCGGAGGCGGCUUCCAACUCGACUCAUUUGCGGAAUCGAGCGCUGUUUUGAACGCGGCUCUUGAGGAGUUCUUCCCUCUUGGAAGCGGUACCGACAUUAUUGCCGAACCAGGCCGUUUCUUCGCUGCGUCCCCCUUCACACUUGCUUGCCAUGUCAUCGCGAAGAGAGCCCACGAUGAAAAGGAGUCCAUGCUCUACAUCAAUGAUGGCGUUUACGGCAACAUGAACUGCAUCCUUUUCGACCACCAGAAGCCUACGCCUAGAGUUCUCUACCAUAACCAGCAGUUCCAGUACUGGGACUUCGAAUCGUCCUCUUCCACGGCCAAUGCCCAAUGCCAGCACAAAGUGUCCAUCUGGGGGCCCACAUGUGACGGUCUCGACUGCAUCACCAGCGAGUACUACCUAAAGCACGACCUUGUUGUAGGGGACUGGCUGUACUUCCCUGUGUUGGGCGCUUACACCUCGUCUGCCGCGACUCAAUUCAAUGGGUUCGAGCAAGUGGCCGAUGUGAUCUACAUUGACUCAACCAGCCAGUAG